CUUCCCAUUCUUCCCAUUCUUCCCAUUAAUCAUUAAUUGCAGUCGUAUUUGUACACUAAAUAACAUCAUAUAUCAUAUGUAACCGAUCAUCCAACAUCCAACAUCCAACAUCCAACAUCCAACAUCCAACAUCCAACAUUCAUCCCCAGCGAAUCUUAAAACGAAGCAAGGGGGCGCGCGCAUAGACCUGUCACGCCCAAUGUGAUUCAGAAUUUCCCGAAAUGGCAAGAAGCAAUUUGCCUCAUUCAUGUUUGGUGGCGCCGGUUGCCGUCCUGAGCCGCUCAGUUGGGGAAAGAGGAAAGAGGGAAGGUAGGUUUUUGGAUAAAGUCUAGCUGCGCCGCUUCUUCCCUCUUGUUUACUUAACAUCGGGUUUUCGUUCUGCUUCAUCACAAUCGUUACUCAGUGUAGUUCCGGUCGUUACACUUCACACUCACUCACUCACCAUCACAACAUCCCCCCAACAAACAAUCAAGAUGUUCAACUCCCUCCUCCUCACCACCGCCACCCUCCUCCUCCUCACCACCCCCAUCCACGCCGUCUGCGGCGUCCACACCUUCGGCCACUGCGGAGACAUGAUCACGCACUGGUACGACCCCCUCACCGGCGAGAUCUGCGACCCCGUCGAAUGCGGCGGCGGCCGGGCCCCCCCCAAGACCAACGUCCCCGGCUGCGGCACCAUCCCACUCGGCCCUGCAUCAUACCUGUCGUGCUGGACCCCCGGGUUCACCGGCGCGCCCGGCCCAGCGACGGUGGUGGAGCAGUCGACUACCGAGGCCGCGGCGCCUGAGAAGACGACGGCGGCGGAGAUGCAGUCGACGAUUGUGACUUCGCAGGCGGCGGAGACGCUGGUGACAAAGGAGACGACGAAGGAGACUACGGCGGUGGAGAGUAAGGAGGAGAGCAGCACAGUGGUGUCGACGAAGGCUGAAAGCAGCCCGGAGACGACGGCGCCGGCUGUGCUGCCGAGUGGACAGACUGGUGCGCAGACUGGGGCGCAGACUGGUGCGGCGAAUGGGACAGUUACUUCGAGCUCGACUUCGAGACCGAAGACGACGGAUGGUACGGGUGCGGGUGCGGGUGCGGUUGUGAGGGGUUCGGUGAUGGCUGUUGUGGGUGCUGUGGUUGGUGUUAUUGUGCUUGUUUAGGAGGGAUAUGGGGCGAUGUAGGAUAGGAUGGGGUUGUAUGAGCGGGCGAUACCUUGUAAGGGAGAUAGCAUGGGAUGUAAGGGGUUGUAUAGGCGUGUAGUAAUAGUUCUAGGCUGCUACUAUGCUCCUAUGCAAUCCCCUAUUUAACAUACAGAAUCU